UUAAGACUUCAGAUCCGAAACCCAGAGAGAAAUGGAGCUUUGCGCUUGCCUCGAAAGCCUACGGUCCCAGCCGCCUUGGAUUCUCCUCCUCGCCUCCCUCGGCCUCCUCUCCGCCCUCAGGCUCUCGUUCGCCGCCCUCUCCUGGCUCUACGUCUCCUGCCUCCGCCCUGUCAAGGACCUCCGCGCCUGCUACGGCUCCUGGGCCGUCGUCACCGGCUCCACCGACGGCAUCGGCAAGGCCUUCGCCUUCCAGCUCGCCCGCCGCGGCCUCCACCUCGUCCUCGUUGGACGCAACCCCGACAAGCUCCGCGACGUCUCCGAUGCCAUCCGAGCGAAGCACGGCGGCUGCCGGAUCGAAACCGUGGUGAUUGACUUCGCCGGAGACCAGGUCGAAGGCGUCCGCCACCUCCGGGAGGCCAUCGAGGGGCUCGACGUCGGCGUGCUGGUGAACAACGCUGGCGUGUCGUACCCCUACGCGAGGUUCUUUCAUGAGGUGGAUGAGGAGUUGAUGAGGAAUUUGAUCAAGGUGAAUGUCGAGGGGGUGACCAGGGUCACCCAAGCGGUGCUGCCGGGGAUGCUCGAGAGGAAGCGGGGAGCCAUCGUGAACAUCGGGUCGGGAGCUGCCAUUGUUAUUCCCUCCGAUCCGCUCUAUGCUGUCUAUGCCGCCACCAAAGCGUAUGUUGACCAAUUCUCAAGAUGCCUCUAUGUUGAGUACAAGAACAAGGGGAUAGAUGUGCAAUGCCAGGUACCCUUGUACGUGGCGACAAAGAUGGCAUCUAUCAAGAGAUCUUCCUUCUUCGUGCCAUCAGCAGACGCUUACGCUCGUGCUGCCUUACGGUGGAUCGGCUACAAACCAAGAUGUACACCCUACUGGCCGCAUUCCCUCCUAUGGUGUCUACUUUCCAUGCUGCCAGAGGCUGCUAUCGACAAUUGGCGCCUGCACUUCUGCCUUGGCAUCCGCAAGAGGGGGCAGCUCAAAGAUGCCAAAAAGAAAGAACAAUAGUGUCUGAUGCUUGCAUCUUGAUGAUAUCUAGCUGCAAAAUAUGUUUUAUACUUCAGUUAUCUGUUUGCUUUAUCCGAUGUUUCCAUUAUCAGGAAUAACUACUGAUGGUUCCUCUUGUUCUUAGUAGUUGUAAUUUGGGAAAUUGAUUGUAUACUUGGAUGAAAAGUUCAACUAGUUCUCUGUUUGACCA